AUACGCUGGCCCCGCAUAGCCUCCACACAGACCCAUGCUGGUGCCCAGGACAUCUCGGAAGCUGCUGCUGCCCACUCGGGAGAAGCUCAACAAGCUUAUCACAAUUAGAGUGGAGAUUCUGCUCCUGAAUCAGCCACCUGAUGAUUGUACUUGGACCACUUUAACAGCCACUUACUCCUUAUAAAAUCUUCCUGGCCCCAAUUAACUACUUGGCCUGCCAUCUGACAUGGCCUGGAUGCACUUUCUGUUGCUUCUAGCUGCUGGCCCCUGGAAGCACCUGACCACCUUUCAGAGCCUAGAGACUCCAUCAGUCCCCUGGCUCUGCAGAGCUCUGGUUUUGGCUUCCUGUGUGCUAAGCCUUUGCAGUUGUCAUCAUGUCUUCAGGAUGCAUUUGAUAGGUACAGGAAGUCACACCAGACGGAAGAUGGAACCAACAAUCAAUAAAAAAAGAACUAUGUUUCUAAGAAAAAUGCAUCAUGGCUUCCCACAGGAGUUGUGAACCAUAUGUCCUAAUAUCCCUGGAACAAUGGGUCUAAUUUUUAGCUCUUCUGCUCUGCCCUCCAGGCCAUCUCAACAAGAAAGAAAAUAGAUCUUUUAACCUGCUGCUCCCCGGCUAAUGAUCUGUAGUAAAGAUUGUCUUUCCUUUUAACUCAUUCAUCAGAUACCACAAAAUAAAAUACGUCCCUCCUCUCCCGCUAGCUUUAUUUCUCUCGGCUACUAGUUUAGUAUAUUUAUGGUGUAUGAGUCAUCAAGCUGCCUCCUGAUUGGAUAAAAACCAAGCACCUCUGAGACCGUCAGUCAAUUACAGCUAUUCUCAGCUUCAUUCACAGAUUUAUUAGCUUGCACACACACAGAGAAAUUCAUUCGGCAAAGUUCAUUCAUAAAAAUUUCAACACGCUGCGUAUCAUCCUGCACAUCUCAGCUUUCGGCUGCAAAUGGGCUUCUGAAAAAAGCUCCGAGAGGAAUCCAGGAGGGAGGGAAGCUCUGAGCGAGGGUAGGCAGGCUGGGAGGGGAUCUGAGGAACACGGACCCAUCACAAGUCAGUGAAACAAUGCGGAGCAGCGCCCGUCAGUAGUACUCCUGGCUGGUGGCCCAGAACGGGAUGCAAGACAAGAUCUUCCAAGAGAGGGCAGCCUUUGGAAUCAACGAACCCAGGCAAAAGGGCCUUUGGUUCAUAGAUACAUUUUUUUUUUUCCUUUUUAAAUGAACAAUCACUGGAACAAAUAAAGGGUUAAUAGGCCAGUCAUUUGCCCCGCCCUGUGAGAGCCGAAGGGAGCUGGUUCGAAAGUUCCUGUGUGCAGAACAGAAGGCUGGGGUGAGGGUGGGAGUCGGGUGCUAAAUAUUUCUACUAGGCUCCUGCAAGGCUAGUGAUGCAGCGGGCCCCCCUGACCGGCUCUCGCCCGGGUUCUGCGCCUAAGAGUUGUCCGUGAGCGACCCGCGCCGCCGGGAGCCUGGGUCUAGGCUCUCCCGACAAGGAUUCCAAGGCGAGAACACUGGUGCCUCUGCCUGGGCCAGGGAGGGACUGAAAUCAGAGCAGGGGAGGCGUUUCCCCCAUGGGCUGUCACCCUUAAGGGGCCGGGAGCCGAGGUGGGCGAGCUCGAGAGCAGAGUUGGAGAGGUGGCUGCUGCGAGUUGCAUCGGGCGUUGAGGCAUCUGAUGUCUGCACCGUUUAUCUACCAGACGACGAGGCGAUUUAUGCAACAGUAUCCUGUUUCAGCACUGCCAAGGCUAUGCGAGAACGCGGCCAGGACAGCCUGGCAGGACUCGUGCUGUAUGUAGGACUCUUCGGGCACCCCGGGAUGCUGCACAGGGCCAAGUACAGCCGCUUUCGGAACGAGUCGAUCACGUCCUUGGACGAAGGUAGCUCCGGAGGCUCGGUCGGGAACAAGGGCUCGCCGCAGCCUCCCCACCCCGCCCUGCCACCUCACCUGCCGACUGAAGAUGCCACCUUGCCGUCGCAGGAGAGCCCCACCCCACUGUGCACCUUGAUCCCCCGCAUGGCAAGCAUGAAGCUGGCCAACCCGGCCACUUUGCUGAGUCUGAAAAACUUUUGCCUGGGUACCAAAGAGGUGCCUCGGCUGAAGCUCCAGGAAAGCCGGGACCCAGGUUCCAGCGGCCCCUCUUCCCCAGAAACCAGUUUAAGUAGGUCCGGGACUGCACCUCCACCGCAGCAGGACCUGGUGGGACACAGGGCAACCGCCCUAACCCCUGAUUCGUGCCCGCUUCCUGGCCCUGGGGAGCCAACACUUAGGAGCAGGCAGGACAGGCACUUUCUACAGCACCUGUUGGGGAUGGGCAUGAACUACUGUGUGAGGUACAUGGGCUGUAUUGAAGUGCUGCAAUCAAUGAGAUCACUGGAUUUUGGAAUGAGAACCCAAGUUACAAGGGAAGCAAUAAGUCGCCUGUGUGAAGCUGUCCCCGGGGCAAAUGGAGCCAUUAAAAAGCGAAAGCCUCCAGUUAAGUUCCUAUCAACAGUUCUUGGCAAAAGUAAUCUUCAGUUUUCAGGAAUGAAUAUAAAACUGACCAUCUCAACAUGCAGUCUCACAUUGAUGAAUCUUGACAACCAACAGAUUAUUGCAAAUCAUCAUAUGCAGUCUAUUUCAUUUGCCUCUGGAGGGGAUCCUGAUACUACAGACUAUGUUGCCUACGUAGCUAAAGAUCCAGUUAAUCAACGAGCCUGUCACAUAUUGGAAUGCCACAAUGGAAUGGCCCAAGACGUCAUAAGUACCAUAGGGCAGGCUUUUGAACUCCGGUUUAAACAGUACUUGAAAAAUCCUUCUUUGAAUACUUCUUGUGAAAGUGAGGAGGUGCAUAUUGAUAGCCAUGCCGAGGAGAGAGAAGAUCAUGAAUAUUACAAUGAAAUUCCAGGGAAGCAGCCACCAGUAGGUGGUGUUUCAGAUAUGCGGAUCAAAGUUCAAGCCACGGAACAAAUGGCUUACUGCCCCAUACAGUGUGAAAAGUUGUGCUAUUUGCCUGGAAACUCCAAGUGCAGCAGUGUAUAUGAGAACUGUUUAGAACAAAGCAGGGCAAUAGGUAAUGUCCAUCCAAGAGGGGUGCAGUCCCAGCGAGAUACCUCAUUAUUGAAGCACACGUGCCGAGUGGAUCUCUUCGAUGACCCCUGCUACAUUAAUACACAGGCUCUUCAAAGUACACCUGGCUCUGCUGGAAAUCAAAGUUCAGCCCAACCACUGGGGAGCCCAUGGCACUGCAGAAAGGCACCAGAAACUGUUCAGCCGGGUGCCACAGCCCAGCCUGCCAGCUCACAUUCUUUGCCACACAUUAAGCAGCAGCUGUGGAGCGAAGAAUGCUAUCAUGGCAAGCUGAGCAGGAAGGCGGCAGAGAGCCUCUUGGUAAAGGAUGGGGACUUUUUGGUUCGAGAGAGUGCAACAUCCCCUGGCCAAUAUGUGCUGAGUGGACUACAGGGAGGCCAAGCAAAACAUCUUCUCCUGGUGGAUCCUGAAGGCAAGGUGAGGACCAAGGAUCAUGUAUUUGAUAAUGUCGGCCACCUUAUCAGAUACCAUAUGGAUAACAGUUUGCCAAUCAUCUCCUCUGGAAGCGAAGUAAGCCUUAAACAACCAGUGAGAAAAGAUAAUAAUCCAGCACUUUUGCAUUCCAACAAAUGACAGUAUUGAAGCACCAUCACACUGAUAUUUCAAGAAACCCCAUUUUGUAUUAGGACACAAAGAUAAUUUAAACUUUGUUUGUAGAUAAAAUAGAGCACAAACUGUGAAGUGCAUCUUUCCAAGACCAUCAUGGACCAGGUCCUCUAUAAAAUGAAGAACUAACAAAAAUUGGUCUUCAGAAAUGAAAAUCAGAAAAGAGGAAGAGGGUUGGUCAUUUUAAAAGAAAUUAUAUGUAUGCACGGAUGUCACUUUUUAAGGCCAUAUUGCAUUGAUAACAAGCUAAAAGCACAACUAAAAUUUCACAUGCUAACGACAACUUGAAUGAACUGCUGGGGCAGUGGUAUGUGCCUUUCAACUUGAUAAUUUGGGGGACAUUUUCAUAUUGGGAGAUUAAUUCUAAGUAUCUUCAUGUUCUAUGACUAUAGAACCAUUUGCCAAAAAAAAAGCUUUUCUUGCUACAAAAAAUAAGCAAUUUUCUUGAGCCUUAUUGACUUUAUUACAUUUUCUGUUUAGCAGCAUUUUUCACUGCAAUGUUAAAAUAAAUAUGACAUUGAAUUCGAA